AUGGCUCAAGGGACUAAUGCUUCACUUCAGAUAGAAAGACUGGAUGGGGGGUGUGGUCGUACUAGUAAAGGCAGUGCCUCUGCCACGGAAGACGAGAAUUUGGACAAUUUGAACCAAUUGAGUGCUGGUAAACCUCCAAGAAACAUCAAAAUAGUCAGGCAUUGUAGCAGCUCUGCAUUUUUUACAGAUUUUGAAUCAGAAAUUGGAAUUCUGGGAUUAGUAUCACCAUCAACUGAAAAUUCUGCAUUUCUACCUAUUUUUCGCUCCGGAAGCUGGGCAGAGAAGGGACCAAAGCAGUACAUGGAGGAUGAGCAUAUAUGCGUAGAUAAUCUACACAAACAUCUUGCUACAUCAGCAGAUUUUCCCUCUCCUGGUGCAUUUUAUGGGGUGUUUGACGGACAUGGUGGCAUUGAUGCAGCCUCAUUUACCAGAAAGAAUAUUCUUAAUUUCAUUGUUGAAGACUCCCAGUUUCCAUCAGGCACAAAGAGGGCAAUUAAGAGUGCCUUUGUGAAGGCUGAUCACGCACUUGCCGAUACUAAAUCCAUUGACAGUUCCUCUGGCACCACUGCUUUGAUGGCCCUUGUAUUGGGAAGUUUGUGCGUGAUACUGCAUUCUUGUAGGACCAUGCUCGUCGCUAAUGCUGGUGAUUCAAGAGCUGUGUUGGGCAAACGAGGAAGAGCGAUCGAGCUAUCGAAGGACCACAAGCCCAACUGCACCUCCGAAAGAACAAGAAUUGAGAGAUUAGGAGGGAUCAUAUAUGAUGGCUACCUUAAUGGCCAAUUGUCAGUGGCUCGUGCUCUUGGAGAUUGGCACAUUAAAGGCCCUAAAGGUUCCAAAAGCCCCUUAAGUUCCGAGCCAGAGUUGGAGGAGAUCAACCUGACAGAAGAAGAUGAGUUUCUGAUACUAGGCUGUGAUGGCCUAUGGGAUGUAAUGAGUAGCCAAUGUGCCGUCACAAUGGUUAGGAAGGAGCUGAUGAUGCAUAAUGAUCCUGAGAGAUGUUCAAAUGCUCUCGUCACAGAAGCACUCCAGCGCAAUACAUGUGACAACCUCACAGUUUUGGUGAUCUGUUUCUCUCCUGAUCCACCUCCGAAGAUUGAAAUUCCUAGGAACCAUAGAAGGAGGAGUAUAUCUGCUGAAGGGCUGGACCGUGUCAAGGGUAUCUUGAAUAAUUAGUGCACUUUGAGCAGAAUGGCUAAUGGCUUGUACAGGAGAAAAUGGAGCUUGUGAAAUAACUGGGGGGAUUUUUCCAAGUUAAU